GGGAGGGUGGAAAACAAUCACGGGGCUUGGAAGAUGGUUGAGCAUUCAAUCAGUGUCAAGUAAGAUAAUUUCUACGAGGGUAGUGUUUCCACUACUGUGGCAGGGUAACCGAUCUUUCUCAUAUUUUAAUACGAGGUUAGUAAAUAAUUUAAUUACAAUUUAUGGAAUCUAGGCUACUCUGUUUUCUGUAUAUUUGAUGGCAUGAUUUUUUCCGUUGAAUUGAUCUGUUUGGUUAAGUUCCUCAACACUUUUUAUUGACUUAACAUCUCUUAUAUGCCAGUUAGGUAGUUUUAUACAUAGUCUACUAUGUUUGAGUUUGUUAUCUUUACAUGUCCGUUUGAUGAUUAUAAUUGCUGCAACAAAUUCAAUCAGUGUCAAGUAAGAUAAUUUCUACGAGGGUAGUGUUUCCACUACUGUGGCAGGGUAACCGAUCUUUCUCAUAUUUUAAUACGAGGUUAGUAAAUAAUUUAAUUACAAUUUAUGGAAUCUAGGCUACUCUGUUUUCUGUAUAUUUGAUGGCAUGAUUUUUUCCGUUGAAUUGAUCUGUUUGGUUAAGUUCCUCAACACUUUUUAUUGACUUAACAUCUCUUAUAUGCCAGUUAGGUAGUUUUAUACAUAGUCUACUAUGUUUGAGUUUGUUAUCUUUACAUGUCCGUUUGAUGAUUAUAAUUGCUGCAACAAAUUCUGGUUUACUGAGUGAACAUGAUCCCAUAUAAAUAGUGUUAUAAAAUACUGAUCAAACUAACUAUGUUAGUUGUAAUGUUACCCCGUUCUAAAAUUUUUAGCUUGCCUAUAAUGUUUAUCCUUUGUGAAUGCUUCUGCUUCAGGAUCGGUCAUUAAGCAUCAACGUGUGACUCACCUUACCUUACGCUGGGUAUUGCUUUACGAGCUGAUUUAGAUGCUUUGAGGAAGCUUGCAUAUUGGGAAGCUUGUCCCUUCCUCGGUUAUCAGUUAAUGUUAUUAUUGUGAGUUUUAGCUUCCUCGGUUAUCAGUUGAUGUUAUUAUUGUGAGUUUUAGUCUUACUUUGGAUUUAUGACAUUAUGAUGUUUUCCUUUGGGGGCAAGGCAUUGGAGCAGUUUGUGGACCGUCUCAUUUGAGUAUUACUGCUCCAGUUUAGUUUUGACCACCUCAAUAUAUUCAAACAUUUUUUUUAUUAAACCUAACUUUAGUUCGAUAUUAAGUGUGUCAUUCAUACUAAUUACUAAAGCUGAAGAACUACUGCAAAAUCUUUCUGAUGCUUUACACUUGUCGAUACCCAAUAAAAUUGGAGUUGGUCUUGCUUUGUCUCAUUCUGAAGAACACGAUAUCUUCACGAUACCAGGAUGUGUGGUUAGUUAUUCUCUUCUUUGUACAUACAUUUAGAUAUAAUUUUUGUUUAACAUAUUCUGUUGUGUGCCAAUUCUGUUGCGUUUGAGGCUUCUGAUGUAAUUUAACAUAUUCUCGUGUCACUCUUAGUCGAUUUGAAGGCCUCUCUAAGCAUUUGGAUUCAUUCUAUUUGAAGGCCUCUCUAAGCAUUUAGAUUCAUUCUUUCCAAUGUUAUCUCUUGUGCAACUAAGGUGUUUUCUAUUAUAGUUCCUAGUGCAUAAAUAGAGUAGAAUAUACUUAGUCGAUCUGAAGGUCGGGGGUGGUAGGUGGCAACUGAGUUUUUAACUUAUAAGAAACGGGGGAAGGUGUGGAAAAUAGAAGGCACAAGUCUAUUUAUUGGUUUUUGAGCUUGCUUUGCUUGGUCUUCUGCUUCCUGGUUGUUGCGCCUAUAUUUUUCUACUUAUUUUAUUCAUUCUUUGCUGUCUUUUGCAGCUAUAUAAUUAAAUUGUUACAUAUAUUAAAUUUUUGUUUGUUAUACUGUGCUUGACGUUUUUCAUCUUUUUCUAAUCCAAUUUUUGCUACCUUGCAGCACAAUUAAUUAAUAUUCUCAUAUGCCGUGUACAAAUAUGUGCAAUAUUAGUGUUUCUUAGAUUUACAGGCUCUUUCCCAACUAAAGUUACUUACUAGACACAUUUCCUUUUUACUUUGGCAUUAAGUUUGCUGUACUUGCAUCUAAAAAAGAAAUCAUGGGCCUUGGAAGCUGGUGGAGCAAUCAAUGAGUGUCAGCAAUCAAUAAGGAUCAGUCAUUAAGCAUCAAUGUGUGACUCACCUUAUGUGGGGUAUUGCUUUACGAGCUGUUUUAGAUGCUUUGAGGAAGCCUGCAGAUUCAGAAGUUUGUUCCUUCCUAGUUUAUCAGUUAAUGUUAUUAUUGUGAAUUUCAGUCUUACCUUGAAUUUAUGACAUUCUGAUGUUUUCCUUUGGGAGUAUGGCAUUGGAGCAGUUUGUGGACCAUCUCAUUGAGUGGCCACAGUAUGCCAUCAUAUCCUGCACUUAGUAGCAUUUAUAGAUGGGGCACUCAACAGUAUUUCCGCGGCUUAUACUGAACCUGAUGUUGGCCAUACUGCCAAUACUGGUUGUGGAUAAUACUUCUACUCCAAGUGAUUUGUGUGAACUCAUGAUCACUGCAAUUUUGUCCUUCUGGUUUCAGAUUGCAGGCCCACCAUUUUCUCUGAUCGGACCCAGCAGCAAUUAUCUGGAUUAGCAAUUCCCUCUUCGAUCCCACUGCAACAUAGACCACCAAGUUCUCUCAGUUCACUCCUAAUUACAUGAAGCCAUCACAACACACCUACCCUUCCUAAGUCACUCAGUGGUGCUUUGCUGUCAAUACAAUCUGCCUCGUCGGAUUUCCGUGGGCUUCUAGAUCAACCUCAGCAAGCAAGUAAAUAAUCAGGUUUAACUGUGCUACUCUCUCUCACUGUGCGCUUUAUGGAUUACAUUAACAUGGGGACUGGUUUUACAACCAUGAGAAGAGAAACUCCCAUAGAGGCCAUCAUGAACUUAAAGUUAUCGUGCUCAGACAAUAUUUCCUCAUACAUGGCUGUUAUCUCCUGCCUAAAAUCUAAAGCUUUAUCUAUUCUUAUGCAACUCUGUGAAGCUGAAAGUGUAUCAUACCCGGAUGACGUGGCCAGCAACACAGCAACUCAGGAUAUGGCAAAGUCAGCUGGACUCGAGGUUCUUGCAUUGCUGAAAAAAGCUUGGUAUAGAUUCAAGACAAUUAAAUGCUCCCUCCGAGGCAAGUUACCGAACGGGCAAUGGAGCUUAAGACAAAGCUCUUGGCAGAUGCCGUCUCAAAUGCUUCAAAUUAUCAGUCAUUCAUCAUGAAUUGUGUUUAUUCUGUUUGUAUUUUGUGUAUGUAUUUUGUGUAUUGUGUAGUGUUUUUUUGUAUGCA